AUCCUUCUCUUCUCCUUCUCUUCUCCUUCUCCUCUCCUUCUAGGUUUUAUAACUGGUGUCAUAAAUCAAUCAAUCAAUCAAUCAAUCAUGGCAGAACAAAACGGUGGUGCUCCAACAGAAUUCGAUAUCCCAAAGACAUGUAAAGCAGGCGUAUGCGUCAACGAAGGUCCAGAUUUCCGCGUCGAAAUCCAAGAUGUGCCUGUCCCGGAGCCAGGCCCCAACGACCUCCUCCUCCGACUCAACGCCACAGGCCUCUGCAUGUCCGACGUACACUUCAUGCUUCACGACUGGAACGUGCCCGCCAUGUCUACCUUCGGCGUGAAAUGCGCAGGUCACGAGGGCGCAGGCGUGGUUGUCAAGGUUGGGUCUAAUGUGAGGAAUUGGAAGGUGGGGGAUCGAGCAGGGAUCAAGCCGUUGUUGGAUGUUUGUGGGAUGUGUGAGUGUUGUUGGGAAGGGAGGGAGAAUUAUUGUCAGGGCGGGGUGUAUACGGGGUUGGCUGCUACGGGGAGUUACCAGCAAUACGUAGUCAGUCCAGCCAAAUACACGAGCCCAAUUCCAGACGGAGUGAGCGAUUAUAUUGCCGGGCCAAUCAUGUGUAGUGCCUCGACGAUGCAUCGAGCACUGAUCGACUCCGGUCUGAAAGUCGGACAGUGGGUUGUGUUUCCCGGUGGUGGAGGCGGUGUUGGGAUUCAAGGUGUUCAACUGGCUAAAGCGAUGGGUAUGCGUCCUAUUGUGAUCGAUACGGGCGCCCAGAAGAAAAAUCUUUCGAUCGAGAUGGGCGCUGAGGAGUUUGUGGACUUUAAAGAUGUUGAGGAUGUUGCGGCUGAGGUCAAGCGAGUCGCUGGUGGUGUUGGAGCGCAUGGUGUCAUUGUAACUGCCUACCAAGCAUACGCCAACGCCAUCAGCUACAUCGCAGACCGAGUCGGCGGCGUAAUCGUCUGUGUUGCAUUACCCCCAAAAGACACCGUAACAAUCGGAGGCGACCCUUCACACUUCGCCUUCCGCAAUCUCAAAGUUAUAGGCUCCCUUGUAGGAACUAUGCAGGACACAGCUAAGGCGUUGGAGUACGCUCAGCGGGGACUGUUGAAGCAGAUCUGUGAGGUGAGAGGGUUGAGUCAGAUGCCGGAGAGUGUACAGCAGCUUAGGAGAGGGGAGGUUGCUGGGAGGAUUGUUAUCGAUUUUAAUAAGCCUUGAGAAGUGGUUAUUGUGCUGUGAUGGUGGGAGACAACAGUGAAGAUGGUGGUAUUGGGGGUGAGGCGGAAGAAUGUGUUUUUGAAAUGUGUGUUUACUGCUAAGCGAAGUUGAGAUCGGGGUCAAUCUCAACGUCUGAAUACUUGAUAGCUGUUUCACCUAUACAAACUACGCCAAUUACUCAAGCUUCAACCAAAAUCCACUUUGACUCCAUUGAAGAAUCGAUAGUUGAAUGGAUUCUCAACACACCUUACGAUCCAUAUGGGGCCAAGAUCCUCGAAUCUUAAUGAUGAAUCUUGUCGUGAAUAAUUCCAUUUGUACCUGCGAUACUUACGGGUGGUGGGAAGCAUUGUCAGCUCUCAAAGACUAUGAAACGAGCUCUCCAGGCCAAAAGCAGGAACUUUGGAACCAGAAUAAAAUCCCGAUAAUUCUUCUUCGCCUUUGGGGACUGCCUCGAAUAGUCGCAGCGAUUCCUCGUAACCCUGACCUUCGCGAGGGAGAACAAGAGAUAGAUUGUAUAUACGCCCAACGAGAAUUGGAGGAAGACGUGGUUAAGGGGGGCCCCAUUUGCACAAGAUGGAACUUGGGUAUGUAUUCAGAUUUGGUUGAAGAGGCGAUCAGAUGCGAGGUAGCCUGGAUGGAAGAGAUUUAGAGACGGC